AUGGCCGACAAACCAGAGAAAUUCCCCCAGGACAAUCAACAUGCAGCCGAUAUCUCCGAACCCCCUCCCGCAUACUCGCCCCCGGCCUACUCGACUGUCUCUUCCGAGGUCUCCUUGUGGACGGUAGAGCCGGAUUUCGCGCCGUAUUUCACCAAUGAAUCUCACAAAGGGGACAAUGUUGCCAGCGCUGACGACAAUGUAACUUUCGACACUCAUAUCGGCCUCGGGCCACGCACGUCUGCAUUUAUUCAGGCCUUUAUGCGACUGAGAUUGCAACCCCGGCUGGUCCACGUUGGAACCGACUCGACGUCGCUGCAAGGGAACGAUACAUCGAUUCCGGAGAUACCAGUUGGCUUCACGGCUGCGCCGAUGGACAUUGUGAUUAUGGUGGUCGGGGAGAAUGUCGACCCCUUUAUUCUCAUCGCAAAACGGCUCCAUUUGGAAUCACAUAGAGUCCGGAUCGCUGCGCACGCGUCAUGCGAACGAUCGGUCAGGAGUCACGGACUUGAUUUCUUCGCCAUUAGUCACGAUUUGAUCCAUCCUAUGAGCAUCCAUAGCGCAGACUCAGCAUAUAGUAGGGGUGAAGAUCUGCAACAACUCCGACAAUCGCUCUUCGAAAGCUACCACAGCUGCUGGAGGGCAUGUAUUGCCACAUACCGGCGUGACCCGCGACCGUUCCUGGCCGAUGCGAUCAUUGCAAGUCCGUUGGCACACGCGCAUAUACAUUGCGCACAGCGUCUAUCGAUCCCGUUGCAUAUCAUGUCGACGAUGUUGUGGAGUUCCACUCGGGAAUUCCCGCAUCCGCUGGCUCAGGUUGACGGGUGUGAAGAGGUGGAUGAGAGGAUGUCGAACCUCCUCUCUUAUGCGCUUGUUGAGGAACGAGAGACGUGGGCGACAGUCCUGAUAAUCGUGUUUUCUUGCAGUAUCAUAGAACCGAUCAACCGGUUUCGGCAACAGGUUUUGGGCUUCCAGGGCAUUUCUUCGGCUAUUGGGGGAAGAUUGCUGGUCGAUCAGGAGAUUCCUCAUACGUAUCUUUGCUCUGAAGUGCUGAUUCCACGGCCAAAGGAUUGGAGUAGCAUGAUAGGCCCAUCCCCAAUCUACUUGAACCUGCGAGGGGAGGGAAUGGAAAGUCCCGACAUCCUCGCGAAAUCAAUCCAAGACACCGUCUUACAACAAGGCUUCCGUGUCAUUCUGUCCGGAGGCUGUCGAGACCUUGGACCGCUGUUCGACAACCCUCAUGUCUUCUCCGCCGAGAAAAUUCCCCAUGAGUGGCUAUUACCCAGAGUCUCUGUCAUCGUCCACCAUGGAAACUCAGAUGACACCGCCUCAGCCUUGCGACAUGGGACGCCUAGUGUGGUGAUCCCGCACUCAGGAGAACAGCUAUCCCGCGGCAUCGCCAUCUCCAAAAUCGGAGCCGCCGCCGCACCACUUCUCGCCAAGAUGCUCUCCUCAGAGUCCCUCUCCCAGGCCAUAGCAUUCUGCCUACGGCCAGACAUUCAACAAUCCACCCAAGCCGUCCGGAAUCGCGUGAUAGAAGAAAAUGGCCUCGAUACGACCAUCCAGUCAUUCUACCGCUGGCUGCCGUCGCCGAUUCAAAAAUGCAGCAUCACCCAGCAAGAUCUCGCCAUGUAUCAUAUCUGGAAUAAGCCAUCGAUCAUCAUAUCCCCUGAAGCCGCUGCAGUGUUGUUAGAAGAGCGACGGAUCAAGAAAUCCGAUAUCGUACUAAUCCAGCGGAGAUCCUACAUCAUCGAAUGCGAUAAGCUAGCAGCCCUCCACGGUACGGCCAGGGAUUACUGGGAUGGGGUCACCCACGCAGCAAAGAGGAUCGCUACCUCCUCGGAUUUAAUCAGUACGUUACCGGGGCUGCAGCGAAAGGUAAUCCCCAUUGCUGGGAACAACUCCAAAGACAAACGCAAUCUAGCCAAGGAUGUGGGCAUCAGCACGGCGAGGUUCUUUGGCCAUAUUGCUCUGCUCCCGUUUACGAUCGUCAACUCCGUGACCUACGGAGUCAAAGCCGCCGCGGGCGACAGCCCACACAAUCUUGGUCCAUCCCAUCCCCCUGGAAAUAGGGCUAUCGGUCCCUCAACAAGAAGGUUCACUCCCCCCGACCAGACGACAGGAAAGAGGGUUCCCUCAUCGUCGCGCACCUCCCACGCUAGCCAGAUUCAAGUGCGGGAUGAGGAACAUGUGCAGGCUAUUUGUCGUCGACAUCUGGAGCGGGGGUAUCAAAGCCCGAAGCGCAGACAUGCGGAGUUUCGGGAGAUGGUGCGGGAUCGAUACCAGGGUUUGGCGGGGGAUUGUUGA